AUGACACAGUCUUCACGGCUUUCCACAUUGUAAGUUUUUAAGGAUUUUUAUACUUACUUUGCUUUAUUGCGCGUUUUGAAUGUACUACAAAUUAUAAAAUCGUAAGUUACUGUGUCCAGUCACGCUAAUUGUUUUCCAGCGUUCUCGUAAAUGUUUUUAUUCUGAUUAUUUAAAAGUUUAAAAAUAAAUUAAUAUAUAGUGGAGCGAUUCUUGACUUUGAGUAAAUAAUUCUUUUCUGAAAGUUAAAAAUUAUUGUACUAAUAUUUGAUUUUCAGUCUUUUACUGCUAUCCGUCACUUCUUCAUCAGCACAAUACGGCCGUUAUGUUCUGGCGGGCUACUCAUACGGUUCCACACCAGCUGUAACAAGUGUAGCGUACGAUGCUAGAACGCCGUAUCUAGCUUCAUUUUCACCACCGGCUGUAGCUCCAGCAGUCUACGCCGCUGCUGCUCAUCCUGUAGCCGCAGCACCGGCUGCUCUAGUUCCUGCCUAUCAACCCGCACCUCCACCGCCAGCUUACGCUGCAAGUGCUUUCCCACCAGCCGCAUACCCUGCACCACCAUCUGGAUAUGCCACGCCAGCUUACCAUGCUUCUCCUCCAACCUAUCAUCCCCCUGCACCACCACCGGCCGCAUACCCCGCCCCACCACCGGUGUACCACGCUCCACCACCACCGGCCACUUACCCUGCUCCACCACCUGCGUACCACGCUCCACCACCACCAUCCUAUCACCCACCACCACCACCAACUUUUAACCCAUCUCCACCUGCUUACCACCCCGCCCCAUAUCCACCGCCACCACCUCCGGCUUACUCUCAUCCACUGCAUCCCUACUUCUCAGGACCUCCACCCCCACCUCCAAUCGCCUUCUCUCCACCUCUACCAUUAGCCGUACCCGUACCAAUCCCUACCCCUGCCUACAUUUGCAAAAUGACAUCAUGCAAGAAACCCCAACAAUCACCACCUAACGUCAUCAUAAAAUUGGACACCAGCUCCGCCGGUAAAUCAUCAAGCGGUCCGUCGAUGGGACCCUCAAUGAACCAAAUGGGACCUCAAAUGAGUCCUCCAAUAAAUGGACCAAUGGGCUCAGCCACGAACAAUAAAAUGAGCAUGGGAUCAUCGAUGAAUCAAAUGAGUCCGUCGAUGAAUUCUCCAAUGAAUGGAAUGGGCGGAAAUAAAAGGCCAACGCAAUCGCCGUCAAUGGGCUCCUCGGGUAUGGGUGGAAAUAAUGGUUGCUCUCCCAACCAGAAAUCUGGCGGUUGUUAA